GUUUCUUUCUGUUUUUCACUUGCGAAUGUCGACGUUAUCGCGUUGUCGGUGCGCUCUUGUGCGGUCCAUCUAGUGUUUCCCGCACAUCGGUGCGUCAACGAGUUCGAUUUCUUCCAUCACCAACAACGGCGAUUGGCAGUUAUAUUCAAAGAUAGGAAACAAUCGAAUCGAUAUCUGCUGCCACCGUCCAGUACUCUCCAUGUGCUGGUGGGACUCCGUGGUCUUUCCGUGAGAAAACACAUCCCACCAAAGUCUCGGAAGUGUUAGUUGUAAAUUAAUUGUUUCAAACGAUCGAUAGAGAAACAAAAAAACAACAAAACAAAACUGGACCACAAGAAACCAGGAGAAACGUUUUCCGCAUGCAGCAUCCAGCACGAACGUUGACAAACGGUUUGUGUUUUGUCCGGUUGGCAUCGAUUAAAUUAUGAUGCUUUGAACACGCACUGCGCCAACCGUAGUAGUUUCCAGCAUCUCUUCAGCAAGCAGUAGUGGCAUUUUGUUUUUUUUUUUAACUUUUGCUUAGAUAUCAUUUUUAAUCGUGCCACUUGAACAACUGAACCAAAGAGAAGGACGUUGCUUUUUGCCAUUUUUUGGCCUUGACUGGCGGAUCGUACGGAAGGGUUUCGAUUGAUCUUGUAGAGAAAGGUUUUAGCUCAAGCAAAACAAAACACUAGCACAACAGAAAUGGCGGGCCUGGUGCCGAUGUUGAAGCAGUCCACGCUGGUCCACCUUUGCUUUGCGAUAUCGUUCUUCACCUCCGGUCUGAUCAUCAACACGGUACAGUGUGUACUGUACCUUGGACUGAAGCCAUUCAACAAGCGUCUUUACCGAACGAUCGGAUACUACCUGUGCUAUUCGUUUUACUCGCAGCUUGUCUUCCUGGCCGACUGGUGGUCCAAUACGAAGCUCAACGUGUACGUGAGCGAUGAGGACAUCAAGUACUGCGGCUCGGAGCACGUGCUGCUGCUGAUGAACCACACGUACGAGAUCGAUUGGCUGAUCGGGUGGAUGUUCUGCGAGAAGAUGCGCGUCCUCGGUAACUGCAAGGCGUACGCGAAGAAGGUGAUCCAAUACAUCCCGACCAUCGGCUGGGCGUGGAAGUUCGCCGAGUUUGUGUUUCUCGAGCGUUCAUUCGAGAAGGAUCGCGAAAUCAUCGGCCGACAGAUUAACGAAAUCUACGACUAUCCCGACCCGGUCUGGCUACUGCUGAACGCCGAGGGUACGCGGUUCACCGAGCAGAAGCACGAAGCGUCGGUGAAGUUCGCCGAGGAGAAGGGCAUGGUGCCGCUCAAGCACCAUCUGAUACCGCGCACGAAAGGAUUCACCGCGAGCUUGCCGUACCUGCGCAAGAAGUGCCCCGCGGUGCUGGAUAUUCAGCUGGCCAUCAGCAAGGACUCGACGGUAAAACCUACAAUUUUCAAUAUUCUGAACGGCAAACCGAUCACGGCACACAUGUGUGUCCGCCGCUUUCCCACCGCCACGCUACCCGAGAGCGAGGGGGAAGCCGCCGCCUGGCUGCAACAGCUGUUCCGGGAGAAGGAUCGCAUGCAGGACAGCUUCCACCGGCACGGCAACUUCUUCACCGACUCCGGCAUCACCGAGCGGCCGCUGUUCACGCUCCACCGUCGGCCGGCGACGCUGAUAAACACGGCCUUCUGGGUCGUGGCCACCCUCACCCCGAUGCUGUACUACCUGAUGAAGCUACUGUUCAGUGGCGAAAUUCUGUACUUCUCGAUCGGUGCCGGUAUCAUUUUUGCCUUCUACAUGCUGAUGGUGAAGGCGAUCGGAAUGUCGAAGAUCAGCAAAGGUUCGUCGUACGGUGCACAGCAGCAGAAGAACGGUGGACACAGUCCGGAUCAUCGACCGGCCGGAACGACCGGUUUCUCCGAGUCGGCCAAGGAUAAGUAGGAUAAACGAAACCGAAAAAGAAGCAGUAACAACGCAGAUUGCAAAAGGAGCGUACGAAAGGAACUCUCCACCGUCUCCGGUACCGUGUAAGUUUACCCUUCCGGACGUUGAGGACGCAAAAAGGGGAGGCAGGAAAUGGAGACAAUAGUCGAUGUGAAUGAUGCGCGUGUGAUUUUUCUUCUCCGUCGUCAUCCUUAGAACUGGCGUUCUGACGCGCGAUAAGAUGUUUACACUUCGAACAAAAAAAAAUAUUUACACCCACCCGAUGAUGAUGGUUUUGUUGUUAGACUGGUAGCCGAACGAAUCGAAACAGGAACUAUGUGACAGCGUGUGGCCAAAUUUGGGAUACGAAUUUGUGUGCAGUAUGGAAAAGGGCUAAACUACAAGUAGCAAAACAUAGAGAAAGCGAAUGCACAAACAAAAGAAAAAGAAUAACAAGCAACAAGGCAUGUGUGUGAUGAGCGAAGCAGGGAAACGACUUUAUAAUUCUAUAUAUAGAUAAUAUAUACACGGAUAUAUACAUAUAUGUAAAACUAUGAAUAUAUGUACUGUGGUUCACACGACAAGUUCAAAGCACGGAAGGAGCAAAACUGUUGAGGUCUAAAGGAACACCCGUGUCCCUCUAGGGGAACCACCUGGGUAGGAAUGUAAAAUGUGAUCCCGCGUCGUGGGAUUGUGCGUGCAGAAACCGCAUGCUGGUCGCCAUGUAAGGCCACGCAUAACGGAACGCCGUCGAACUCCCGGAACCAUUGCAGAACACAGCUAUUUUAUAACAGUUUAUUUAUUGGGAAGCCCGCACAAACCAAACGCUGGAGGGGUUUUUUGCUAAACGGUGUACAGUAGAGGCCACAGAAACCAAAAAUUGAAGAAAAAAAAAACACACACACACACACAAAUCUUACAAAAGCGCUAUGAAGAGAGGGUAGGUUCGGUAAGUGGACAUUCGAAUUGGAGAAAAUGAAUUAUAAAUUAGUUUGAACUUUUGCUAGGUGUUAGCAGUAUGGCAGCCGGUCGGAAUGUGGAAACAUCAUUCGGUUUAAGUUUUUUUUCAGGGCGGUGGUCGUAGUUUUUGAUUUCAUCGACGUGUGUGACGCGCGAAAUUGGUUUGAAAGAUUUUUUCAGUUCCCUAUUUUCCUUACUAACAUGUGUUUUUAUCUCUAACCGGAUAGGCAACGAAAUAUAUGUAUUCAUUGAAAUAUUUUUACGAACCGUCAAAAAAGGCACAACGGAACGGCGGGCACAAGAUGAUCUGUUCAAUGGUAGCUAGUGAGGUUGACGCUAUUUUAGAGACGCUAGCUCGAAGCAUGCAAAUGGCGGGAUUUGUUUUUUCUUAUCGGCACCUAAAUUGCUCCAGUAUCUUCCAGUAAUGAUGAGUAAAAUGUUGCAAAAAUGCAACUGCACAACUUUUCGAAUAAUGUAAAUGCUCAACAUCAUGGAUUAAUAAGGGCGCGCAAAUUUGUAAACACUAUUUUCGAUUAUAAUAUUACAGAACUCUUCCGCUGCUCGCAUCAACCAGUUCUUCCGACGGUAAAAUAUUACGGUUGACUUGCUUUA